ACGGCUGUGGACUUUUUAUAGUCGUCAAAUUGCUUCCUCGAUUUGCCGAAAGCUCGAAAUCGUACUCUCAGUCGCUGCUAUCUCUCUGUCUCAUGGCGAAUCCGACGGAGAAUCUCGACGCGAAUCUACCAAUCCGAGAACCAGAAACUGAAGAAGAAGUUGAAGAACUUAACGGAGGCGAAGAAGAGGAGGAUUACGAAGGAGAAGACGAUGACACCGAGUCGAAAUCUCAAACGCGCGAAGGCGGAUCCGACAGAAUCAAGGCGGAAUCGCUAUUCCGUCGGAUGCGAGCUGCUCCUGUGCCGGUUCGUGUUCACGACGUGAUUGUCAGUGGAAACGAGAAGACUAAGGACCAUAUCAUUGAGGCGGAAGUGGAUGCUGUGAGAGAGGCGACCACGUUGCAGGAGCUUCUCGAAGCUUCUAGGGUUGCCAAUUCGAAUCUCCGAGCGUUAGAAAUUUUUGAUUCCGUCAACAUUACACUCGAUUCUGGUCCUCCUGAGCUUCCUGGUACUACCAAUGUGGUAAUCGAAGUUGUCGAGAGCAAAAGCCCUCUCACUGGCCAAAUCGGCGCCUACACUAGAGCAGAGGCUAGAUCAUCGAGCGUUGAAGCAUCUUUGAAGUAUAAGAACAUUUUUGGUUAUGGUGAUAUAUGGGACGGGUCUGUAGUUUAUGGAUGUGACAACUCUGCUGAGGUUGGCUUGGGGAUGUAUUUACCAAGGUUUAGAGGACUUUCUACUCCUUUUACUUCCCGUCUUUUCCUUUCGACUCAAGACUGGCUUAAGUUUUCAUCGUAUAAAGAACGAUCCCUAGGUCUUUCUCUCGGUCUUCUCUCAAGCAAGUAUCACGAGCUGGUCUACACGAUUGCUUGGCGUAAUCUGAUAGAUCCAUCACAAGCCGCUUCAAAAUCAAUAAGGAGGCAACUGGGACACAGUCUGCUUUCUGCAUUGAAGUAUACUUUUAAAUUUGAUCAGAGAAACUCAAACUUGAGGCCAACUAAUGGAUAUGCUUUCAUCUCUACUUCUCAAAUUGGUGGUCUUGCUCCUGAUAGCCGAAGCCUACGCUUCUUGAAGCAGGAAAUUGAUCUUCGAUAUGCUGUUCCGUUCGGGUUUUACAAUGCUGCUCUAAACUUUGGCGUGUCUGGGGGUGUCACCUUUCCGUGGGGAAGCGGAUACCAGAACCGCCCUUCCUCUGUACCAGAGAGAUUCUUCUUGGGUGGCAAUUCAUCGCCUGUAUGCUCUUUGGGUGGACCAUCCGCACUAUGGGGAUUCAAGACCAGAGGACUUGGUCCCAACGAGCCAAAGAGGAAAGGUGAUAGUGAACGGGAUUUUGUUGGAGGAGAUGCUGCGGUGACUGCAUUUGCGGAUCUCUCAUUUGAUUUGCCAGUGAGAUGGUUAAGAGAGAGAGGAAUCCACGGGCAUGUGUUUGCUUGUGCGGGGAAUAUGGCAAAGUUAUCAGAGAAUGAGUUUAGAAACUUCACUGCUCCAAAGUUCUUGGAGACAUUCAGAACUUCAGUUGGUGCUGGAAUCGUCUUACCAACUAGUCUAUUCCGUAUGGAGCUUAACUACUGCCACAUAUUGAAGAAACAAGAACACGAUCAAGCGAGAUCAGGGGUUUUCGUGACAUUCUCUGCCUCGUCCUGAGAAACUUUAGCUGAAGAAGGUACUCAAUAUGAUAUGGCCUUUCAUUUUGUUUUUUUUUUCUUAAAGCCGUGUCCCAAUGUGUGGCAGAAUCUUUGGCUGAAUCGAGAAAACUUUACAAAGAGAGUUGAUUCUUUUUGUCGUGUUUGCAUGGAUUUCUCAUUUCUGGAUUCACGAGGAAUAAAAAUUACAUUAAGGCUCUUAACUUUUUAGGAAAAAUUGAUGCUGAUGAACUCAUGACGCUGUCUAUCAUUACGAGGACUAGUGUUCUAGUAACAAGUCAUCUCUACUUGAAUUCUUUUUCUUGGUUAUCUGUUACUGUCUAUUUAUUGAGACUUGUUUUCUUUUGUAAUAUCUAUAUCCUCACCA